GGUUGCCCGGGAAACUGUAGGCGGGGCGAGCAACUCAAAGUGCCCCUUGGUCACCGAGGCGACCGUUAGGCGGCGGCAGCGUCCGCAGCGGGGACGCGUCAGGCAAUCAACCGUGACACCUGGGUUGGAGCGACCGCCGCGGCAAUGGCGCACGACGGCUCGGUGAGCUUCAGCUCAACUGGGGGUGCGUCGGCCGGUAAGAGGCAGGAAAGACAGGAGAGGCAAGCCCGAGACCGGGGCCCGACCAGAUCCAAGGCUGAGAAGGCGAGACCUCCCACUGUGACGGUGCCACAGGUGGAUAUCGUGCCUGGGAGGCUCAAUGAGGCUGAGUGGAUCGCAUUAACAGCUGUGGAGGAGGGAGAGGACGUGGUGGGAGACAUUCUGGCAGAUCUGCUGGCUCGAGUCAUGGACUCGGCCUUCCAAGUCUACCUGACACAGCAGUGCAUUCCAUUUACCAUCAGUCAGGCCCGGGAGGCCAUGCUGCAGAUCAUUGAGUGGCGCUUCCUGGCCCGGGAUGAGGGAGACUCUGCAGUGGCUGAGGACCCUACAUGGGGUGAGGACGAAGAGCCCCUGGUGUGCGCUACUGAUGCUUGGGCUCAGGGCUCCGUACCUGUGCUGCAUGCACCUGCCUUGGAGGUUCUGGAGAACUGCCAAGAUGAAGGACCUGGGAACCUGGACCGGAUCCCUUUAAGAAGAUCGUGGCCAGGUAGAUGUUCCCAGGAACUGACGGAAUCUUGGGAGCGUUCUCUGAGUGUCACCUUGGGCCCCCAGUCCAACCCGGAGCUGUUUCAGGAGGCAGAGCCUGGGGAUACUCCGGAGGAACCUGAUCGUGGGGCAGGAAGCCACUCUUCGUUGGUUUCGUUCUUGAAUGGGAGUGUACAACCAUCGUUGGAAGUGGAACUUGUAGAGAGUCCUCACCCUUUCCUGGAGCUGUCCCAAGUAGCCCACCCCCAGGCUUCUGUGGAGAGGCAGAGCCCACUACACCUCAGCCCCCACCUGUCGCUGGAGGACCUCUACUCUUGCAUUCCCCAACCAGAUGCGUCUGGGGACCAGCUAAAACUCAAGACCCAGGCAUUACCCCGCAUUGCCUCAGACGUGUUAGUGCCCUUCCCCUCUGAGGGCGACACCAGUACUCUCAGCGCAUCAGCAUCCUUCCAGUCGCAGCAGCCUGUGAGCUUGGAUGCACGGCAUGGCACACUUCAGUCCAGGGUGGGCCACAAGGCAGCCAAGGUGCGCUUGGACCCUGCGCAGCUUCCUCGCCACUGGGUGCGCCCCCUAGCUGAGGUCCUGGUUCCAGACUCAGAGGUUCGCCCCUUGGAAGCCUACCGUGGGCACCAGCGGGGAAAGACCAAGGCCCAGGCUGGAACCCAAGCCUCUGGUCCCCAUGUUCGUGCCUCUCUGGCGGCAUUCUUCCCUCUCCAGCCUGAUGUUCCUUUCCGUGUUGUGGGCCCAGAACCCAGACUUCAAUUACCCACUUUAAACUUAGGCCCACUGUCACCAUCCUUUGGGUCCAAGCUACCUCUCCCAAGCCCUGGGAUCCGCUUUCUGGACACGCACCUGCGGGUUGUUGAAGUCCCCCGCAGCACCAGCCCCAAUGUGUGGCCCAGUGCCAAGUGGCCCAGUGGCUAUGAGGGGGAGGCCAAGCUGCUGGGCAACCUGUGGGCAGGUCGUAGACGUGUGCCCCCACAGGGCCUGGGGCUUGCUGACAAGGAAGACCAGGCUUCUGGAUGGUCCCAAACAAUGCCUCAGGUCCUCGAGGCCACAUCCCAGGUAUUCUGGAAGCCACUGUUGGUGCCACAAGCAGUGAAGCUGGCUCCUGGUGUGAGCAUGUGGAACCAGAGAACCCAGGUGCUGCUCAACUCUACUGUGUCCCAAGAAGAAGCCAAAGAAGAAGGAGAUGCCUCUCCUGUAAUUGAGCAGCGCCCCAUCCAGAAAGGUGUGUCCAAGCCACAUGUGACAGCAGAACAACUAACAAGGAGUGCAACCCCCAAAGUGUGGUUGCUUCCCUCCAAGCCCAUGCCCCAUUCUGGGUCCUGAACCUCUGGCAGUGGGAAUUGCACCUACCCUCUGCCUGCCUGUCAGAAAUAAACACCUGAGUUGCUCCAGGAAUUGGUUUGAUGUUUCUUCCAAGGGUGUCCAUUCUCUCACUGAACACCAGGGGGAGCAGUUGUCCUGCUGGCCUAGAAGAUCAAAGGCUGGCUCCAGAGGAUAGCCCUAUUGCCACCCUUACGAGACCCUACUUUUAGGGACUAGGUUGUUUCCCAGUAGAGGCAUUCUGCAAAGGAACCUAUAUAAAGGCUAAAAAUGGGGUCUACUUCAGAGAGGAGACAUUUCUCUUUCAGUAGAUGAGAAGGGAUGGUCCUGCCUAAGCCCAAAGUGAUUCAAGACAAGAGGAACUUGAUUUGCUCCCUUGGUUCUUGGAACUUAGUCAGUUCACCUUAAACUGCAAAUCCAAGUUUUACUUUUGGAUCGAAGUUUGCCUUAGGCUCCAUAUCUGCCUCAUUGCUAGUCCCCACUAUGCCUUGAGUUGCCCCUCUCUCUCCCCCACUGAAGCACUUCCCAGUGGCCAGAUGGCAUUCUCUACUAUGUUACUGUGAGCUCCAUUCAGCACCCUGGUCUGGAGUCUGGGAUUUUUCUUCUGUUUCUGAUUCACCUGCUUGGACAAUGUGGACAGCUCUGGCAGAAGUCUCAUUCCUGGGACCUCCAGAUGUAUUCCACAGAAGUGACUGGGAAGACAGCAAUAAUGACUGGGCUCAAUACUGGAGACAAGAACCCAGAAAGAAGAAAUUGGCAGUGAGCUGCUGGGAUCUGCUGCAAUACUGGAGGGCAUCAACUCCCAUUAAGAGCUGCAACAUGCCACUGGGGGGACAGUAGUGGAGAAGAAUCAGGCUUUGCUGGCUGUGACAUUCAGACCUGGCGCCUGCCAUAAUUAGUUUCUAAUAUCAAAAUAGGCUUUCUUGGUUGCAGAGACCUGCAGCUUACAUAGACCCCACCCACCAGCAGGAGUGAAGAAUCGAGUUUCAUCUCAAACUCUGGUGUCACUGGAAGUGUGAACAGUGCUGGCCUAGAUCCAGGCAGCCUCCUGAUGAGCAAGGAGGACAUCAGAUUUGUGGCCUCCAUUUGGAUUUUUGCCCAGUGGCAUCUGCAGAAGUGUCCUGAAAUAUACCUGCGGGUAAACAGUUCUGGAAUCAAUGAUAUGUGCCUUGACCUUCUUCUCCACAAACAUUCUAGGGUCUCUUUCCUAACUCAGGGACUUCAAAACAGGAAUCUCCAAAACCUAACAUAAAUUCUGCUAAAUCCAUAUACAGCAUCUAUACACUCCCUUAAAGAUCCUAUCUUGAGUUACGGGGCAAACUUCAUUGCAUAUACAAACAUCUUUGCAUAUACAAGCCCCUGUGACAUUUGUACUAAACCCCACUAUAUCUCCUAAAUAGUAGUCUUUGAUCAUCUAUGUUCUCAUCUCUUCCCAAGAUAUCCCAAGACACUUACCCCCAAGGGCCUGGAUCUCACCUUUACCACUAACUAUGUUGGGUUCUUUCUGCUUUUAGAUUCACUCUGAGGUAAGGAAGGAUGGAUGCUAACCUUCUGUGAUGACUUCUCUUCACUAUACCCCAGCAUUCUGGUUAUUUACUGACUCUCACUGGAUGCCUUCCAUCUCUAGGAACCCAGUCACUUGCUGAGGAUGACCCAGUACACUUGUGUCACUUAGCAGGGGAACCCAUUUGGUACAAAUCAGGAU